UAGUGAUUAGUAAAUAGUAUUUAUUGCUUAUUAGUAUGAUAAACCCGGUGUAUAGAGAAUUAACACUGAAAUAAUAUACGUGUUACAAUUAUUUGGUAUUUACUUAGGAAAAUUAUAUAACUACGAAGAUACCCAAAGUUGAGGUUCUUAUUUCAAGUAAUGGAUGAUGUAAAUGAUAUUGAAGAUUUAAUAACAUCUGUUGCUGAUGCUGCUGAAAUUGGUAGAAAUAAACCACGGAAUGUAGUUCAUUUGCGCCAUAAAGCUAAAAACAAACCAGUACAAGCACAAGUAGUAGAUUAUAAACCGUCGUCUCAAGUUCCUGGUACUCAAACAAUAUACAUUAAGACUUGGGGUUGUUCGCACAACAGUUCAGAUGGUGAAUAUAUGGCUGGUCUUCUUUCACAUUAUGGAUAUAAAAUUACUGAUGAUAAGACUAUUGCGGAUUUGUGGAUACUUAAUAGUUGUACAGUGAAAAAUCCAGCCGAAGAUCAUUUUAGAAAUGAAAUAACUGCAGGAAAAAAAUCUGGAAAAUUUGUUGUAGUAGCUGGUUGUGUUCCUCAAGGGGAUCAAAAGUCAUCCUUUAUUCAAAAUUUGAGUGUGAUAGGUGUUCAGCAAAUAGACAGGGUAAUAGAAGUAGUGGAAGAAACAUUAAAAGGACAUACUAUUCGAUUGUUGGGACAAAAGAAAAUAAAUGGAAAAAAAGAUGGCGGUGCUAGAUUACAGUUACCAAAAAUUCGCAAAAAUAAAUUAAUUGAAAUUAUUGCAAUUAGUACUGGAUGUCUAAAUCAGUGCACUUAUUGUAAAACAAAACAUGCCAGAGGCAAUCUUGGCAGUUAUCCUCCUGAUGAAAUUGUUCAGAGAGCUAUAGAGUCGUUUAAUGAUGGUGCUGUUGAAUUAUGGUUAACAAGUGAAGAUACUGGAGCAUAUGGGUUAGAUAUAGAAACAAACCUACCAGCACUUCUAUGGCGUUUGGUGGAAAUUAUACCUGAAGGUUGUAUGAUGCGUAUUGGUAUGACUAAUCCUCCAUACAUACUUAAUCAUCUAGAGGAAAUAGCAAAGAUAUUAUCUCAUCCUAGAGUCUAUGCAUUUCUGCAUGUUCCUGUUCAAUCUGGAAGUAAUCAAGUUCUAGCAGAUAUGAAACGUGAAUACUCAAUUGAAGAAUUUGAAGCUGUUGUUAAUUUUUUGAGAGAAAAAGUCCCUGGCGUUUCAAUUGCAACAGAUAUUAUCUGUGGUUUUCCAACCGAAACAGAAGACGAUUUUUCUGAAACCAUGCAUAUUUGUGAAAAAUACAAAUUUCCGAGUUUAUUUAUUAAUCAAUUUUAUCCUCGAAAAGGUACUCCUGCUGCUCGAUUACCAAAAAUCCCUACAGACAUGGUUAAAACCCGAACUAAACGUCUAACAGAAUUAUUUCAUUCGUAUACCACUUAUGAUCAUAGAGUUGGAGAAAUUCAGGAAAUUUUGAUAACUGAAGAGGCUAAAAGUGGUAAUGAAUUAAUAGGCCACAACAAAUUUUACGAACAGGUUAUAGUUCCGAAAGAAUCAGAGGCAUUGGGGAAAAAAAUGAAAGUAAUUGUGAAGUCAGCAAAAAAACAUUGCCUGAUUGCUGAAAAAGUUCACCAACCAACAAAAGUAUUCAAAGAUAAACUUCAAAGAAUCAAUAAUAUUUAUUCAGCAUGGCCUGUAUUUGCCUUAAUAAUUUGUGUUGUAGCAAGAAUACUUUGGUUAUUGGUAUAAUCAUAAAUAAAAAAAAUGUAUUGUACAUAAAAAAA